AAUAUCCUGAAAAAAAAGAAGAAUGUUUGUCAGCAGGAGAAGCAAUUCGUAACUUGUUGGAAAAAGAUAUAAAACCAUCUGAUAUCAUGACAAAAAAAUCCUUUGAAAAUGCUAUUGUGCUAACGAUGAUACUUGGUGGCUCUACAAAUGCUGUUCUACAUUUGAUUGCUAUUGCUAGAACUGUUGGUGUUGAAUUGACAUUGGACGAUUUUCAAAAAAUUAGUGAUGAUACCCCCUUUUUGGCAAAUCUAAAACCAAGUGGUGAAUAUGUUAUGGAAGACUUGCAUAAAAUUGGUGGCAUACCAGCUGUUUUAAAAUACCUUUUAGAUAAUAAUAAAAUUCACGGAGAUGUGUUAACAGUGACUGGAAAAACUUUAGCAGAAAACUUAUCAUCAAUUGCACCACUUUCAUUUGACAAUCAAAAUAUAAUAAAUCCAUUGGAUAAGCCAAUCAAAUCAACAGGUCAUAUACAUAUUCUUAAAGGUAAUUUGGCACCUGAAGGUUCUGUGGCAAAGAUUACCGGUAAAGAAGGUUUGAUAUUUAAAGGCAAAGCAAAAGUUUUUGAUGGUGAAGAAGAUAUGUUAAAAGCAUUGGAAAAAAAUGAAAUUAAGAAAGGUCAUGUCAUAAUUAUAAGGUAUGAAGGUCCUAAAGGAGGUCCUGGAAUGCCUGAAAUGUUGACUCCAACUAGUGCUAUUAUGGGUGCAGGACUUGGUAACGAUGUUGCAUUAUUAACAGAUGGAAGAUUUUCAGGUGGCAGUCAUGGAUUUAUAAUAGGGCAUAUUACACCUGAAGCACAAUUGGGUGGUCCAAUAGCAUUAGUGAAAGAUGGUGAUGAAAUUGUUAUAAAUGCAGAGAAUAAAUCUAUUGAUGUUGAUGUUAGUGAUAAUGAGCUUGAAGAGAGACGUAGAACAUGGAAAACCCCUCCUUACAAAUUUACUAAAGGAACUUUAUACAAAUACAUCAAAAAUGUUAAAUCAGCUACUGAAGGCUGUGUUACUGAUGAAUAA